GUCUGUCCUCACCGAGACGUUUGCAGGGGAAGGAACUAAGAAAAGCCCCAAGAGACUGUCUGGUUUGUGCAUCAUUUUCGGGCCCACUUUUUUAGAUUGGCUUCUCAGUCAGCCUAUCAGGCUAUCCAGCAUUUCUUUUGACGUCACCAGUUAACUUCUUUGAGAUGUAUAAGAGCGAAUUGAAGUUUUUAAGUGCGUAUCUUUGUUCACACGUGGACAGAAAGCAGCGUGCUCGUUGCUCGGCAGGCUGGACAACAAGCAAAAACAAGUGUUUUUUGUAGGUCAGGUAUUUUGGGAAUAUGCCCGUAGCGUGCCACGUGCGUAAAGCCGAGGGUAACUUCUAAAUUGCAGAAUUAAGGCGUUGGGGGUUCACGAAGGAACGAGAGCGUGUCACAGUAGUUUACCCCGACGGGGGCUGUGGAAAGGAAUUACUCAUUUCCCACACGGACACUGGCACAUCCGCGCGCGUCUGUGUCACCGCCGGACGGGUCUCAAAGUCAAUGGAGAAGAAGGGACAGAAGCCAGCAGAAUGGUUGUUGCGGGAGCGAGCAAUGGGACCGUUGGUAGUGGCAACAUGAGGUCUUCGCUCAUGAUCGACGACAGAGUCGGCGGUGGAGAUCCCGGCGUCUCCACCAGCUUGAUGAUCUCGGAGGCUCUCGCGCCUCGGCUGCUGAAGAUCGCGCAGAGCGCCGCCGAAGCAGCGGCGGCGGCAGCGGCGGCGGCAGUAACGACGUCUCCAUCCACCACCAGUCAGCCGCUGGUCAUGGAGACGAACGGGACGCGCUGCGGGGAGCAGAUUCUGAGCUACGGCUGGGCCGAGAAGGUCCUAAUCGGUGGUGUCCUCACCAUGCUCACACUGUCCACCAUCUGCGGGAACAUGUUGGUGGUCAUCUCCGUGUGCUUCGUCAAGAAGCUGCGCCAGCCGUCCAACUAUCUGAUCGUUUCUCUCGCCGUGGCGGACCUCUCGGUGGCCCUGGCGGUGAUGCCGUUCGUCAGCAUCACGGAUCUGAUCGGUGGUCAGUGGAUAUUCGGACAGUUCUUCUGUAACGUUUUCAUCGCCAUGGAUGUGAUGUGCUGCACCGCGUCCAUCAUGAGUCUGUGCGUAAUCAGCAUUGACAGGUAUCUGGGUAUCACGAAACCCCUGACGUAUCCCGUCCGGCAAAACGGCUGCUGCAUGGCCAAGAUGGUCCUGUCGGUGUGGCUCCUCUCCGCCUCCAUCACGCUCCCCCCUCUGUUCGGCUGGGCGCAGAACGUCAAUGACGGCAGGGUCUGCCUCAUCAGUCAGGACUUCGGCUACACCGUCUACUCCACCGCCGUGGCGUUCUACAUCCCCAUGUCGGUCAUGCUGAUCAUGUACAACCGCAUCUACCGCGCCGCCAAACUCAGCGCCGCCAAGCACACCAUCACCUGCUUCCCCAGGGAGAGGGAGCACGGCGCGGGGCUGGCCCCGCGAGGGGCGAGAAGAGGGCAAGAGGCCCACCGGCCAGCGGCAUCGGGAGAAACGGCCAGUGUCCAAGGGACAGAGGCCGGGCGGGAAGCCGAGGAAGAGGAGGAGGAGGAGGAGGAGAGCUUGGACUGCGUGGCGGCGGCGUUGAAGCUCCAGCGCGAGGUGGAGGAGGAGUGCGGCACGCGCGUCUCUCGCCUCCUCAAGACGGGAGAACACCACCAACGCCGCAAGAGGAAGAACCAGUCCAUCUUCAAACGGGAGCAGAAGGCGGCCGCCACCCUGGGCAUCGUGGUGGGCGCCUUCACUUUCUGCUGGCUGCCGUUCUUCCUGGUGUCCACCGCCAGGCCCUUCGUUUGCGGCGUGGAGUGCAGCUGCGUGCCGCUCUGGCUGGAGAGAACUCUUUUGUGGCUGGGGUACGCCAACUCCCUCAUCAAUCCCUUUAUCUACGCGUUCUUCAACCGCGAUCUGAGGACCACGUACAGUAACCUACUGCGGUGCCGCUACAGGAACAUCAACCGGAAGCUGUCGGCGGCGGGCAUGCACGAAGCUCUGAAGCUGGUGGAGAAGCCGGACGCUAGCGUGUAGAGUCGGCGCUCUGCCGAUGAGCGAGGCCGCAGGCAUCAACGGAGACGGGCAGAGAAAACGCACGAGGGGGUUUUAGACAUCGGGCACGAGGCCGCCACUCAUCCAUGAGGGUUAUUCCCUCAAAUCUGUACAAUCAUCACUGAGGCGAGAGGAGGCAGGCCGAUGGGAUUAAAUGAAUGCAUAUGAAGGGAAAUGGAGGAAGGCUCAUUCUUUUUGUUUUUCUGGGGGGCCGUUUAACAGUGAGGAAAGAUCCAUAUUGUCUGAAUUGUAGCGGCUGCAGUGCACUAUUUGCAGAAAGCUGUACAGUGAAACCAAUGGACAACUAUUGUGAUGACGGUUGUUCCCCACUGAACAGUUUUCUGCACGUGACAUUGUUCCAAAAAGGUGAUGGUGCUACACGGUGACUUUGUACUCAUCGACCACGGCGAUUGGACACCUUCCAACACAGUGGGGUCUUGUAUUUUGAGAUCGGAGCAAAGGAAAACUUGCCCUCGGAACCUAAAAAAAGGCAGGAGUUCUUAGAUCUGGAGUGGCGUCAUGUGACUACGAGACCAAACGUACACACUGUGGUCCCCGAUCAUCUAAACGUUGAGUUUCCUUCGCUGGACAAGGCUGAUAACACGUAGACACGAUAUGAUAAGAACUCGACUGACUUGUAAAAUCUGUACACUAACGGAUCAACCCGUUGAUUCCCGUUGAACUUUAUUGAUCUGGUAUGAGUUUUUAUCUUUUCAAGAUGCAUUUAGGGGGGUUAAUAUCGCUGUGUCCAAAUUCACCAAAACAUGCUCCUCUCUUCUUCUGUUCGAGACCUGAUCACCGCUUUCUUGUAAAAACUACUUAUGGAUCCAGACGUUGUGUUAUCGGGCGGCUCUCUUCUAAACACACAACCUUUUUAUAAAAUGAUCCAAGGAACCAGUGGGCGAGGCGAGGGGACGCCAGCCGAUACGCCGGAGAGGAAGUACGGAGAACCACGAUCCCUGUGAGUGCAGCACAUAAUAAUCCCCGUUCAAACUAUGCACUCUGUGUUUGAGAGUCGUCUCUACGUGCGACAGGCCUCCUCUGGGCUGAGCACGGCUCAGUUUUAUCCCCUUGGCCUGUUACACCCCACAAUAGCUCGUGAAAACAGGCACAAGUCAGACAAAAGCAAACGGGGGGGGGUUGUGGUGAGAACUCUGAGUUGGAAGAAUGACCUACUUUUCCCGUGUACAUUCUUACAUUGAUGCCGACCCACCAAUCCCCAUUUCACACCACGUCACUAUCAAUUUCACUACUGAUUUCACAAAUAUUAAAGAAAUGUCCACCAAGAUUUCUUAGUCGUCAAGGUCAUUUUUUCAAAUUCACUGUUCUUUCUGAAAAAUUGUUCAAACCCCGUGACAAUUCAUUUUAAAAACAGAGGCAGUAGUUGGAUAAAUUUGAGAGGCUGAUUCCUGCAGUUUGGGGGCAUUUUUGCUCGAUUGAUGACUUAAUGUAAUCAAACUUCUUAGUUGGUAUUUCAUUUACAACAAACACUAACAAAUCAGCGGCCCUGAAAACAGACAGUUAUCAUGUAAUUACUCUCAUUACCAACUGACAGGUAUCACGCCUCUCACCUGUAGCUGCCUCUCUGUUCUUCUGGGCCGAGGCUCGGAGAAUAAAUUCGAUUCGAGAGGAGAAAGAGCAGAUGACAGCUGGUGUUUGAUUGGUGCUUUCAAGCCCCUCCCACAGAGAUUAGAGCCACUCGGAGUGUCAUUGUUGAAAAGCGCAGGUUCAGCUGUGGGGGAAGCGAGCCGGAGUGACGGCCGUCUGCAAUUUGCUGUAUUCACACGGAAAUGUGACUGGAUGUUAGUGCUCUUACUGUGUGUCGAGUGUGAGACACGCGUAGUCCUCUUGCUGUCAUUUCUAAAACGUGUCUUGAGAUAUUAGUUACAAAGAGGUGUCGCUGUUUAUUGUUUACGUGUUAUGGAUUUCUCACUGCCAGUAUUAUUAUUAGUACAGUCUGUGCUGCUCGAAAUGUUUCUUUGUUAUUUCGAAUUUGUGCCGCAACCAAAAAGCAACACAUGGCAGUUAGUCAAAUUCAUAAAUCUCUCUUUUAAUUGAAUUAAUUCCUGCUUCUGAAUAUAAAUUAAAGCUGCCUGCAGGUUUACUCAAAUACAACCAGCGCCUCAUGCGUACUCACCGAGUGGUACUUGGACUUGUGUCCACAUUUUGUGUUACUGAAGAAAAAAAAUACACAAACCUGGACUAAAAACCACAAAGCUUUGCUCUUACUUGUGUCACCUCAUCUUGUAUCUCCAUGGCAACCACGAUUCUGUGUAUGCGUACAAAACCUCUUUAAAGGGAACCGCUGCUGCUACCUGUCCAUCUACGGCCAGCAGCUUGUGGAGAUCCUCCGCUGCCGUGGUUCAUGCAUCUGCACAUCAAUGCCUGCAGCAUUUUAACUAACUGAAUCGACUCACUUUGGGGCCUGUGAGCUAAAAAGGUGGCGAACUGCUGAACUGUAAUCUUUCUGGGGGGCCGACGUGGCACCGCUGCACAGAGUGUUUGCCAGUAAAUACGAGGACGUGUUUUCAAAAGAGCAUUCAAAACAGAGAGGAUCCCAAACCUCCCAAGUAGCUCAACAAUGGUUUAAUUACACUAUGAAAAGAAAUCACAAAAGUAUCAAGAAGCCUGUGAGUUGACAAUGGCUCAGUCAUGAUGACCAAUAGAGAAAAGAAAGAACAAAAGCUAGUUUUUCUCUACACGAUGCGAUAAUCAGACGGGGAGGAAGGCCGACGUGCUGAAAGGUAGAUUAAAGACAAAAGUGCACCUGCGGCAUUUAAUGGCCGUCCGCUGCAUCUCAGCCUCAGUGUGGCUGGAUGUGCCCUCCCACUGAAAAUGAUAGAGUUUAAAAAACCUUUCUCCCUUUGGCGCUAAAACACUCUAGUGGCCAAAUAACUGCAGUUGGUAAAAGAACCAAAGUCGACAACAUCAAAAAGCUGUUUGGGUUCUCGCCUUCCUCACCGUUUAUUAUUAUUAGUAAACCUAUUGUUUAGGAGCUGAACUAUGGUGACGCUACAAAAUGCUAAAUGCUAAGACCUUUACGGUGCAACUUAAAACCUCGGAUCCCAAAAAGGAGUCUUUCCUUAUUUACAAUCUUACAAUAAGACAUAAAACUAAAGAUAAAGCCCGAAAGAGAUCCUAAAAUAAAUCUAAGAAGUAGCAAGAUGAUUUGCACGGAACUUGACAAAUACAUAGUUGAUAAAUAUCACUUUUGCUAGCUUUUUAUUUCGUGUAAUUUUGUAAAUUAUACCACUAAAUAAAAUAACACGGCUUUCAAACAAAAGAUGACCCCCCCCCAUGUGAGGAAACCGACCUGAAAUGAAUGAAAUUAGCCACGGUUUCCUCCUAGAUCUUGACUUAAAUUAACUGUUGCUAUGUGAGUGUGCCAGAAAAGUCCUGCAGGCCUCAAUGCACCAUAAUGCAAUCCUGUUUCAGAACAUUUAAUCAGCCUUUUAUAGAGCAUUUGUACCAAAAGGGAUGUUCUAAACAGGGAUUAUACAUACAACAUUGAUCCCGCAGGACUUUGUACCGCCAGCCGCAUCAAAUCGCACACAAAAAGGCCGGCCCUGGGGGGGGGUGUAUUCCUUUUAUAUGCUGUCAUCCACACAUUCAGUGUGUGAUAGAUGCGCUGCAUGCUAUAUAUAAUGAUGGAAACAAGAGCACGAGAGGCAGCGGACUGCAUUACGACCGAUGGCAGUUUGUCUCAUUGACUCACAGAGAACACAUGACGCGCCACGUGGGAUUUUUCUGGAGGGAUGCAAUGCAUCUUGGACUAAUAAAAUAGAUUUUUUUUAAUACUCGCUGUCGACAAGGGUGUAAAAUAUGUUGUCUGUGAAGUUCCGGGGGAAACCUUUUUGUUGUAGUUGAAGAAUUGCAGGAUAUUAAUGCUCUUUUUAAACAAAAGUUGUAGGCCUUAUGAGGCAAUGAAAAAUACCAAUUAGACAUAAUUGUCCUAAGACAGACAGAAGUGCUGUGCUGGUGUUCUACCAUUAACACUGUAGUAAAAAGACAACGAAGGCUGGGGACGUGUGUCAAAUGUAAAUAUAUCUGUAUAUGCAUCUAAAAUGUUUUAUCGGCAUCGUUCGUUCAAAAGAAUACACCUAAACAUGUAAGACUUUUUAAAAUAAAAAAUGUUUUACCAUG